UAAAAUUAGACAUAAUUCAUAUAUCAAUAAUAAUUAUACUCAUUUACAAGAUCAAAAAAAGAGAAGUAAUUCCAUCACUAAUAAAUUCUUCACCUUUAUGAAGGGGUCAAAUGGUAAUAGUACAUCAUCACAAUCAAUGCUGCAAUCGAAUUCAUUAAAUAAUCAUCAUCAUCAUAAUAAUCAAGUAGGAGAGAAUGAAAUAGAGGAUGAUGGAUUGAUUCAUCCUUUAAAAAAAUCCUUCAGUUAUGAUCAAACAAAAUCAACCAUGACUCAAACAAGACAAAAUUUAAAGAGUAAAUUUAAUAAAUUCAAGAUUCCUGAUUCAAAAUAUAAUAGAUCAAGUGAUUUUAUCGAAGUUAUAACUGAAAAUGUCACCAAUGGUCAUACCGGAACCAUCGAAACCAUUCAAUAUACUCAAUCUCAAAUGGUGGGUCAUGGUUCAUUUGGGGUAGUGUUUCAAACUCAAAUCUUACCUACUAAUGAAUUAGCUGCCAUGAAACGAGUUUUACAAGAUAAACGAUUUAAAAAUCGUGAAUUACAAAUUAUGAAAUUGGUUCAUCAUCGAAAUAUAACUGAUUUAAAAUAUUAUUUCUAUACUAAUAAUGAUAAAAAUGAAUUAUAUUUGAAUUUAAUUUUGGAAUUUGUCCCCGAAACUCUUUAUAAAGCAAGUCAUUAUUAUGUGGCCAAACGAUUAUCAAUGCCUCCAUUGGAAGUUAAAUUAUAUACUUAUCAAAUGUUCAGAGCUUUAAAUUAUAUUCAUUCUCAAGGUAUUUGUCAUCGUGAUAUAAAACCUCAAAAUUUAUUAAUUAAUCCUGAAACUGGUGAAUUAAAAUUAUGUGAUUUUGGUUCUGCAAAAAUUUUAAAUCCAAAUGAACCAAAUGUUUCUUAUAUUUGUUCAAGAUAUUAUCGUGCUCCUGAAUUAAUCUUUGGUGCUACCAAUUAUACCACUAAGAUUGAUGUUUGGUCAGCCGGUUGUGUAAUGGCAGAACUAAUUUUAGGUCAACCUUUAUUUCCAGGUGAAUCCGGUAUUGAUCAAUUAGUUGAAAUUAUUAAAAUUUUAGGUACUCCAUCUAAAGAUCAAAUUGAAAAAAUGAAUCCAAAUUAUAUGGAACAUAAAUUUCCUCAAAUUAAACCAAUGCCAUUACAAAAAAUCUUUAAAAAGAUGUCAUUGGAUUGUAUACAAUUUUUAAUUUUAAUUUUACAAUAUUCACCAAUUGAAAGAAUAUCUUGUAUAGAAGCAUUAAUUAAUCCAUAUUUUGAUGAAUUAAGAAAUCCUCAAAUUAAAUUACCAAAUUAUAGAAAAAUCUUUAGUCAACAAUUCCAUCAUCAUAAUUCCAUAACAAAUAAUUCAACUUCAACUGCGGCAGUAAGUUCAAAUAAUGCUCAAUAUCAAAUUUAUUCAAAUCAACCGGAUUUAAGAGAUUUACCUCCAUUAUUUGAUUUUAAUGAUCGUGAAUUAUCAGUGGCUCCUCAAUUGAAUUAUAAAUUGAUUCCAUCUUGGAUUAAUAUAAAUCAAUUAGAGUUAUCUCAAAAUAUAACAUCAUUUGAUCAAUUUGUUCCUUUGACAACUGAAGAAUUAAAAGUAACCUUGGAUUGAACAAACUCCCCUCCUCCUCACUUAUUAUUAUUAUUAUUGUCAAAAUUAAAAAAUGAACAUACAGAAUUUAAAAAAUAUCAAACAAAGUGUAUUAAAAUAAAAAGGAUUUGCAUAAAGUAUGUGCUUAAGUAUAUACAUAUCAUCAUCAUCAAUAACUAAAGAGACUGUUAUUUGUUUUCAUCAUUGUAUUUUCUUCUUCUUUUCUUCCUAAUUGUUAUUACCACUACAACCCUUACAACUUUACAACUUACUAUUCCGUUUUUUAUUAUUCUUUAUUAUUAUUAUU